UUUCUGUUGGGCAGUAAGUUAUUUAUUUACUAAUCAAAAUUAGUUCAGGCUUCGUAAGCGCACUACUUCCAAAACAUAGUUUUGGACAAAGGUUCCAAUGGCAUUGUAGUCGAGUUCCAUGUGGAUAAAAAAUUUGUAAACUGAGCCUGCAGAUAUUGUUACAGAGCAGGACUCCUGUGAUCAUUCAAUGUCAUCAACAUCAUCUCAGCUUGUUCAGUAUGUUGUGGUAAGAGGUGAUCUCCUGAGGUUGCUGUCAUGGCCGAUAGGAGCCGUAAUAGCACAAGCUUGUCAUGCAAGCACAGCUGCCCUGUGGAUGCAUCGUGAUGAUUCUAACACACUCCAAUAUACUAGUGACUUGGAUAAUAUGCACAAGGUUGUGUUAGAGGCCCCUAGUCAAGAUGAACUGGAGAAAUUAUCAGGGAAACUAUCCGCUGAUGAAAUUGAUCACAAACUGUGGAUUGAACAACCAGAGAACAUUCCUACCUGUCUUGCAACCAAACCCUAUCCGAAACAACAAAUACAAAGUUAUUUUAAAAAGUUUAAAUUGUUUAAAUAAACUUAACUAUUUACUUAAGGUAGUCAUCUGGGGAGGCUUUGUAAAAAUUCACUUCCAAGUGGUUAUGAAACUUUCAGUCAUAAUUAACCCUUUCACUCCAAAGAUCUGGUUGUUAACUCUCCCUUCUAGCUGCAGCACAUAUCCUUGUAAAUUAGUUGAGAGAAUUUGGGGUUAGGUCAAGAAAAUAACAUCUACCUGAUAAGUUUGAGUAUUUAUCAUAAGCUGUUUGCUGGAUGGUGUAUAGAUUUUAAUAGGGAGAAGUUACUUUUUAAUCUCUUCUGGGAGUGAAAGGGGUUGACUGCAGAAGCAACUUGUUUUGCUUCUUGUGA